AUGGAACAACAACAACAACAAGCGCUCUGGAACAUAUUUAUUGCAAAGAAGGGUAAAAAUGCUUCUCAAAAAGAGAGAAAAGUUCAAUUAGGAAAUGAAAAUACACGAUGUGAAUAUGAAAUUUCUAUGUCAGAUGAAGUGAGCGUAUCUUACGAUGAUUUUGCAGAAAUCAGAAAAUCGAUGAGGAGGCAAUGCAAGAAAGCAACAGCUUUUUCAUAA